CUAAAAAGGCUGGCUUUCCGAAGUUCUCCUUUGCCAGCUGCAUGAUUUCAGUUCUUUUCUGAACCUUUCUGCUCAAGAUAUGAGAUGACGAACGUCACAAGGAUUAGGGGCCCUGAGCCAUGGCCUUUCCUCGUAACCUAGACGGAGAGUCUGGGUUUUCUCCAGAUGGAAGUCACCAAGUGGCCUUUAAUGCAGGUGAUUUGGAGACUUUGGACAUCGAUGGGGCUUCGAGGAACUUCCAUCCAGAUGCUCAGGGCUCCAGGGCUCAGGCGUCUCAGCCCUCGAAUCGGCUUUCAGCACUUUCGGUGACGCGUUCUGGAAUGUCCACACAACGGCUGUCAGCGCCUUUGCAAGCUUCCGGGAACCCAAACAUACGAUCGUCGCUGAGUUCAGAAGGCCCGCAGGCAAGGAGAUCGCGGAUGCAGCAACAGCAAAGGCACAUGACAGCGUCCUUUCUGGAGCUCCAUCAAUUCCACGACGUGAAGACUCCGCGUUCGUCCCCAUUGAGGAUUGGGAAGACCUUGGUGAGGGGCGUGUGUCCGGUCCACCUGGCGGCCUACCUGGGCGACGCCACUGCGUUGCUGCUGCUGCUCGACGCGGGCGCCGACCCCGAGCAGCUGACGGAGGACCGGAAGGACGCGGAGGACGUGGCACUCCUGGCGCGGAAGGGGAGCUCCCACAACAAGUUCCUGCGUGUGCUGCAAGCCGCGAAGGCGCGUGUGCUGGAGAUCCAGUCCGACUACUGCGCCUCCGAAGCGCCGCGCCGGUGCCGCUGUCGCGACGGAGUUUGUUAUGAGUGCGACCAGUUGCUCGUGGCCAGCUUUUGACUGCCGGGUUUUGGGACCCGGCAUUGGCUGGCACCCUUCGUGCGCCAGCCGCCAGGCGCGGCCAGGCGUGGCCAAGGGCUUGUCUCACACCGGUGGAAUGGCAAGCAUGAGGUUUGUUCAAUCUGUU